AUGGAUACAGAUUGGAGGAAUCCAAUUAUUAAUUAUCUCAAGGACCCUUCGAUAGAUACAGAAAGAAAACCCAAGUACAUGGCUUUAUCUUAUGUUUUGAUGGGGAAUGAAUUAUUCAAGAAAACCCCUGAAGGGAUCCUCUUGAAAUGUUUAGGAGAAAACGAGGAAUACUUGGCAUUAUCUAGUGUACAUAGUGGAGCCUGUGGAGCACACCAGGCAGGCCAUAAGAUGAAAUGGUUGCUUUUCAGAUAUGGAAUGUAUUGGCCCACCAUGUUAAAAGAUUGUAUAGAGUUUGCUAAGGGUUUCCAAGAAUGUCAAAUACAUGCAGGAAUUCAACAUGCUCCUGCAAGUGAGCUUCAUGCAAUUAUCAAGCCUUGGCCUUUCAGAGGUUGGGCAUUAGAUUUAAUUGGGGAAAUUCGACCUAAUUCAUCCAAGGGUCAAAGAUUUGGGAUCCCAGAAAGUAUAACAACAGAUCAAGGAUCAGUGUUUACUGGUCGAAAGAUUCAAGAGUUUGCAAAGGAAAUAUGUUUCAAAUUAUUAACAUCCACACCCUAUUAUGCUCAAGCCAAUAGGCAAGUCGAAGCAGCCAAUAAAGUAAUAAUUGGUUUAAUCAAAAAGCAUGUAGGGAAGAAGCCAAAAAAUUGGCACAAAACUUUAGAUCAAGCACUUUGGGCUUGUCGAACCUCCCCUAAAGAAGCUACUAACACUACACCUUUCCAACUUACAUUUGGACAUGAUGCAGUAUUACCUGUCGAAAUCUACUUGCAAUCAGUGAGAAUCCAAAGACAAGGAGAAAUUCCAUCUGACCUAUACUGGGAAAUGAUGAUGAAUGAACUGGUUGAAUUGGACGAAGAAAGGUUGCAUACGUUAGAAGUAUUAAGAAGACAGGAGGAGAUGGUAGCAAGGGCAUACAAUAAGAGGGUCAAAGGUAAAACUUUCACUAUGAAUGAUUUAGUUUAG